AUGGCUGGCUCCAAUUAUGCCAACACUGGCAGUCUGAAUGAUGCCCGAGAACUACAGAAGAUGUUCAAGGGCCAGAGUAGCGACAGCAGUAGCGGCAAGAACAGAGGCAGGAGUAAAGGCGGUAACUCGCUUCCUAUGAAGCGACAGGAAACCUUUUCGCACUCGCGACGUGGACCACCACCUACGUCUUCCCAGACCAAUGUACCCCCUCCCAGCGCCCGAUACUAUACGGCCACUCUUUUGUCUGACCCCUUAAAGCGAGCUCCUGGACCAAUUCUAGGAUCAUCAACUCUAGCUUUCUUGAGUCGCCAAGAUCCAGCACCUCAGGCGCCUGCUGCUCUCGCUCAAACCGCUGAGGUUUCUACGACCACCACUGUUGAAACAAAAGUCCUAAACAAGGAGGAAGAGACCAAGAAGAGCAUCGCAGGCACGUUCUUUUCUCUAAUGUCGGGAGACUCGGACGAGCACUCGGAUGAAGAAUCACCCACUUCUAAAGUCCAGGAUGAGACUGUAAAUAAGUCCAGUGCCGCAAUUGUCUCGAAGUAUUCAUCUGACGAGAUACUGAAGUUAAGGGCAAACGCCGAGAAAGUCAUGGUGCCAUCGAACGUCAUCGUAAGGCGUACCGGCAACGAACGAAAGGCACCACUUGCUGUCGCCUUGAGCCAGGCCGCGGUCCAUCUUGCCCGUAUGAAGAAAGAUCUCGAAGGCAAUGCAAGUUCAUUUGGUACUGGCCUCCAAAUUACCAAGAAUACAGCUCCGAGUGAUUUUCAGGCUGUGAGGCCUCAGGCUACAGUCACUCAGCCCAGUAUUAAUACAGUUGAGACUUCUGACGUUUCGCCCGAACGCAAUCUGCGGCCUGUUGUGAAGCUUCCCCAGAUUGCAGGUGUUCAGCAACAGCAUCAAGUCAAGACAGAGUUGUCGUCUGAGAAUACAAAUAACAUGAGGCUUCGACCAGACGCUCCCGGUUUCGUCCCGAAAACAACUCUCAAGUCGGUAGAUCCUUCCAAGACCCGUAAGCCAACGAAGGGGCUGGGAUCAUCUAUGUGGGCUAAGUAA